AUGGCACGGACCAAGUCCAACACCUUACGGAAGCGGCGACUGUCCGGCGGAAACAGCGGUGCAAAACGCCAACGACAUGGCACGCAGGAGACAUCAACCCAGCUGUAUGCGGCCGAUGAUACUGUGUUGGUGCUGGGAGACGGCGAUUUUUCAUUCUCGCGAGGACUUGUCAAGCACCGCAGCACAGGCCAAGGCGUGAUCGCUACCUCGUUCGACUCGGAAAGCCAAGUUCGUCGCAAAUAUCCGAAUGCCCAAGAGUGCAUCGCGGCGGUGCGGUCGGCACACGGGCUUGUGUUGCAUGAUGUGGAUGCCACCAAGCUGUUUGAGUUGCCGCAAAAGGUGAAGACCGGCACGGGACUGAAGACCAUCCCUGAUUUUUUUCAGUACAUUGUCUUUAACUUCCCCCACAGCGGACAACAGCGCGUGCACAUCAACCGAGCGCUACUACUUAAUUUCUUUGAGAGUGCAAGGGACCGGCUGACAGUCCGUGGCGAAGCGCAUGUCACGCUCAAGACACGACCCCCGUAUUCCAACUGGUUCAUUGAGGACCAGGCCAAGAUCGCGGGUUUCGUCAUGAAGGAGCGACGACAGUUCGAUAUUAAGCUAUUCCCAGGAUAUCGCCACCGCACAACGGACCCACAAGCAAAGAAGUUCGAGGCUCAUCUCUGCGUCACGUACGUUUUUGUGGUCAACCGAGGAGUCGCGCUGCGUUGA